CACGAAAACACAGACUAGCUCUCGAACUCAGACGUUGUACAUCCAAAAUGAGUGUAAGACUGAAGUUUUUGUGUUUGUUUUUCUUGUGUAAUGUUAACGUGUUUGGUGGUUCUAAUUUUACAUUAGUUAACAAUGCAACUAUGAAUAGUGCAAUUUCCGCAAUUUUUAAUGAAUCUACGCGAACAGUGAUAUCAAGUAAUGCUGUUACCAAUUUAUCAGUAAGUUUGAGACUACCAACAGAAUGUGGGACACCCAACGGAGAUCCUGGCUGGUGUAUAGAGAUUCAAGACUGUCCAAUAUUGCUUAAACAGAUAUCGAAUGUAGAUGCAAGACCAUUUUUGCUUGCUUCAAGAUGUGGACCGCCAAAUGAAGAUUUACAUAGACCUAAAGUAUGCUGUGGAAAGUAUGACAAGUACCAGGAUCCGUCAUUAGACGAUAUUAAUGUUUUUCCCAAACGAUGUGGACACCAAAGACUUAUUAUGAAAUCAAGAAUCCUUGGUGGUACGACAGCAUCUAUUGGAGAAUUCCCUGGAUGGUGCGACUUAUUCAUCAAAACGACCAUGGGUAUAAAACGUUUGGAUGUACAGGGUUCCUAAUUCAUACCAAAUAUGUAUUAACGGCAGCUCAUUGUGUUCAUGGAAAAUUUAUCAAAUUCAGAGGACCAGUAUUUCUUAUCCAAAUGGGAGAACACAACACCGAAACCACAGUUGAUUGUAAUCCCACGGGGACUUAUUGUGCGGAUCCCCUUCAAAUUAGCCGAGUUGGCCAAGUAAUCGUACACCAUGGAUACGACGUCUACUCUGCCGGCCACUAUAAUGAUAUAGCCCUUAUUCAUUUAAAAAAGGCAGCUAGAAUUACAGAAUUUGUUCAACCAAUUUGUUUACAAAUGGACAAUAUCACUCCAAAACGGUAUUCUAUAAGUGGAUGGGGAAAAACUGAGACAGAGGCAUUCAGUAAAAUCAAGAUGAAACUUGAAGUACCGCCAUAUGGUCGAGCCCAAUGUGUAGAAAAGUACAGUGUAGUCAGUAUUGAAGUUGCAGAAUCUCAAAUCUGUGCUGGUGGUGAGGACCAAAAAGACAGUUGUACUGGAGAUUCUGGCGGUCCUCUGAUGUUCGAAAAUGGUACUCACUGGAUGGCUGCAGGAAUAGUAAGCUAUGGUCUUGGCUGCGGAACCGAAGGAUGGCCCGGAAUAUAUACAAAUAUUUCAUAUUUUCUUCCGUGGAUUAAAGAGAAGAUUUUUGAAAAUAGCCUUGCAAAUACAAAGAAUCCUAACAAGGGAGUCAAAAUAUCGAACAGAAACAAACACGCACAUUAGAGGAAGACUAUUUAUCCAUUUUUAUACAAAAAAAUAAAUAAAUAAAUAAAAC